AUGCCCGAUCCCCAACAACCUCGACCAGCUCUAUUGAGCACAAAGAGGCGGUUUGGGCGAUACGAGCCCUUCCACCGUUUCGACCACUUGGCUAGUCAUGCCAGUGUGGCAACCCAGGUCAUUGGCAGAAUGAAAAUCGACUGCCAAUUUCUCUUGCAAAAAUCUCAAUGGGGUGUCCUGGGUGAAAGCCGGUUCCCAGCCGGCAUCAUUUACAUGGAUCUCAACUUUGGUCCGCCCCGAGGCUGUAGGGUCGAGAGUGCGACAAUCAAAGUCACUUUGGAUGAGCACGAUGAGUGCCUCGACUCAUAUGAUGCCAAACCAGGUAAAGGCCGUCACAAAUCAGGUUGCCCCGUCCAGAUGAUGGACUCGUAUGGGCCCAGGCGGCUCGUUGGCGAAGCCAAGUGCACUGAGUUCAAGCAAACAAUGAGUUUGGCUCCCGAGAUUCACGCCUUUGGCGGAGGAGCUGGAGGUGUAGGUGUGAACUCCGAGAAGGCCUUCAAGUCUUCAUCACGAUGGGCUUUCAAUGGCCAACUGUUGCCUGGAAAAGGAACCUGGACGUACAAGACUCUGGAAUGGAACCUUACAGACAACGAACUUAAGAAACAAACGUUCCAAAACAGCCGCGUCCACACGGCCUUCACCUUUCAACACGCGGGGCAGCCGUUCACAAUGAAAGUCGACAUCGAGGGAAGAUUGGAGAAGUGGAGCCACCGGAUCAUGUCCAGACUCAAGUUUGGUUCGGUAAAACACGAGGGGGAGGGCCAGUCGACGACCUUGAUCGACUUUCGAGAGCCUGAGGCGUUUCAAAAGCGGCUAGAUGAGCUAGCACGGUCAUUGCCGAGAGCGAUGGAGCUGGCAAACUACCAAGACAUCCCAGUUGAGAUCCCCGACACUGCCUCGGUGUCCUUUGAAUCAGCCUCUUCUGAGCCCGAAAGUCUUGCGACCUGUGAGAUGGAAUCUCCGCAAGGUGGAACAUCAAAGCAAGAAUGCCUGGGCAGUGCAGCUAAGGCGCCAUCCCUUGAGGCUCCCAGGGUGCUUCAAGCUCUAAAACGGCAAGACAUCCAGGCCAGACAGGAUUCCAUGGAGCCGACCGUGGAGAACAUCACAAAAGUUCUACAAGCUCUGAUACAUCCUGUUGAGCAAGAAAUCAUCGGCAAACCUCUCGAAAGCUCAUUUCCGAGUGCAUCAAACACGGUCGUGGCCCCGGAAGACGAACAGGAGCAGAUGACAGGCCAAAAAUGCGAGACAGAGCCGGAGCUCACGAUGACCAGCCUGAAUGAAGAUCAAGAGGCCAUGCUGAAGAUUAUGCAGAUCCCAGGCUUGGUCACUUUCUUGCAACUGAUCGUGAUGUUGAUGGGUAUACUCGGUGGAUCGAGGAAGGCCAAAGCCAUGGCGUCCUAG